GUUGUUUGCGCUUGCUUACGGUCAUUAUUUUUGGAGGUCUUUGCCAAACAGACCACCUACAUGCUCCCUGUGGCUGAACAUGACCACCCGACUGCGGCACAGGCCUCAACUAGAGGAUGAAGAUGCUUCUGCGCUUAAGCUCGGAGCAGAGUUCAACAACGCUGGUUGUUUACUGAUUUCCGAGGUCAAGUAUCUGCUGGAAAAUCGGGACAAGGAUGCGCCAGACACUGCUGUUUAUAACAAGACCCUCGAAUACGUGAAGACGUUCGCGAAAUUCAACACCACCGAUUCUGCUAGCGCGGUGCGAGAAACCCUUCGACGCGAACCGGCGUUAACGCAAUUCGAAACUGCUCAAAUCGCUAAUUUGUGUCCCGUCGAUGCUGAGGAGGCAAAAAGCGUCAUUCCAAGUUUGGUAAAGAUCGAGGAUGAUAAAUUGCAAUCAUUACUCGACGAGAUACAGUUGAUGAGGAAGUACCAGUCUUGAAUGAUAUCGGUCGUUAUUACGUCCGACGUCCAUCAUUGGUCCGCCCUUUCCUGGCCUGCCAUUUUUCGACUUGCUCCGGUACGUUGACACCCUCAGAGUACAAGUCGCGCCUCUAUCUGCGGUGUUCACUUCAUAGCGACUCAGUAAAGCCUAUCACUACUACUAUUCUUAGUGCGUCAUCCAAGUAGUUCUACGGGAAUCAUUUAUACAGUGUUCCAGUGUUUGCAUCAUGCGAAUGCUUGUUUCAUGACAACCAAAAUAAUCCUGGAACAAUGUCGACAACGCGUAUACACGUAUGUCUCUGCUCACUGCGAACUCGAAGUGAUAAGUACAGCUCGACGCUUUGACGCCGCGAAAGGCGCCGAUGCAAGUCUUGUUUUAACCAAGUGAAAGUACUCCUGCCCUAGAAAAUGGUUUGGUCCGAAUACUUAUGAUGGAAAUUUUGGGUUUGUGUCGAUCCAUGUAAGAACGGGCCGCUGAUCAAUUCAUGGUUCG